CAAUGUUCCUCACUUUCUCAAAGUUGUCUUUUUCGACAACUAAUAAGUAUUCUUUUCCCCCUUUAUUUAUGGAAAAAGUAGAUUAUUUCUUUAUUAUUUUUGUCCAGAAUUGAUGAUCUGUAACUGAAAGAAUCUCUUUAUUGAGAUUGGAAUUUUCAAGUCCAAAAUUUCAGGGAAAAAUUGCUCCUUUCUUUUUCUUCUCUAUAUCAAACUUCAAAUCUCCUUCUCUCUGCUUCGUCUUCACGAGUAACCAUGGACACUCUCGUUGCUCAGUUACAGAGGCAACUUCGUGAUUACACCAUUUCUCUCUAUCACCAGGGAUUUCUGGAUGAUCAAUUCACAGAACUGAAAAAGCUGCAAGAUGAAUGUAGCCCUGAUUUUGUGGCUGAGGUUGUUUCUCUGUUCUUUGAAGACUGUGAGAAGCUUAUCAGUAACAUGGCUAGAGCUCUAGAUCAGACAGGAAAUGUAGAUUUCAAGCUGGUCGGUUCUAGUGUUCAUCAACUCAAAGGUAGUAGCUCAAGUGUUGGUGCCAAAAGAGUCAAAGGUCUUUGUAUUACCUUCAAGGAAUGUUGCGACUCUCAGAACUUUGGAGGAUGUGUGAGAUGUUUGCAGCAGGUGGAUAUUGAGUAUAAGUCAUUAAAGGCAAAGCUUCAAGAUCUGUUCAAUCUUGAGCAACAGAUUGUCCAAGCUGGUGGUAGAAUCCCUCAGGUGGAUAUAUAAACUAGAAACCUGUCGAUGAACAGAACAACAACAUGAUGAUGAUCUGGUUGCAUUCUUCAAGUUAUUCGCGUGUGGUACUACUUGGAUGUGUUGCUUAAAAGAAGAAGAAAAAAAACUAUUAGAAUGUGUUGAAAAGAGAGGUGAUUGUUGUUGAUAGAUCCGUACAAUGGUUCUUCUAAUAACAUCUCUUUGGUUAGAUCUAGACUUUUGAAUCUUGAUAUUGAUCUAAUCUGAAUACUGUUACCAACUGUAAAUUUGUAUCUCGUAAGACCAUACGAACAAGAAGUAUACAUACACACACAA